UUCAACCGUUUGCUGAAAGCGCGGGAGUGACUAAAGCGGAGAGACGGUCGGUGGACAGGGGGGAAGGGCCGAGGGCCGAGAGGUGUGCACCUGAAAUGAAUCAGAACAGAACUAGUGAAGCUAACAGAUAUGGAUUUGCUACACCUCAAAGUGCACCACGUAGUGCAUGGCUUGGUUCAGGAACCUCGGAAAGAAGAACUAGCUUCUUUGGAAGAAGGACAAGUGGCAUUGGAACUUUUUCUACUGAUCUAUAUGGUGCCUGUGGAGGCUCAGAAAAGAUAAAAGAUCCCAGACCACUUCAUGAUAAGUCCUUUGUGCAGCAAUGUAUUCGGCAACUUUGUGAGUUUCUAGGGGACAAUGGUUAUCCGCAAUCUAUUUCAGUGAAAAGUUUGCAAUCACCCACGUCAAAGGAAUUUGUGAAGAUAUUCUCCUUUAUGUUCAGCUUGAUUGAUUCAUCUUACCAACUACCUGAUUCAAAGUUUGAGGAAGAAAUCCCUCGAAUCUUCAAACUUCUUGGGUAUCCCUUUCCAUUGUCAAAAAGUUCAAUGUAUACAGUCGGAGCUCCACACACUUGGCCACAGAUUCUUGGUGCAUUAAUUUGGUUAAUAGAUGUUGCUAAGUUGACCAAGUCCAUCAAUCCAGAUAAGAUCCUGUUUGGCCCAGAAAAGGACUGGGAUGAAGUGGAGAAUGUGACUGCUGAUGGUGUACAUCAUAAUAGGCUGUUUCUUAGCUAUGUGAGUAAGUGUUAUUCACGUCACCUUGCUGGCAUUGAUGACCAUGAAGACUUGGACUUGGAGAAUUUGACUUUGCUAAAGCAGCAUUUUGGGGUGGAUGAAGCUCAAUUUGAAGAAGUUGCUGCUGAGAACAGGAAGCUCUCAGAGGAGUUGAAUAAGCUGGAGAAAGAAAAGCAAAAUGAACCAGAUAGAGUUCAGGCACUAGAGAAAACCAAAGCAAGCCUGCAGGCAGAUCAGGAAAAAUAUAAGAGAUACCUUGAAGAAAUGGAAAACCAUAAAGCUACCCUGGAACAGAGAGCAAAAGAAAUUGAGGAAGAAAUAGAAGCCACAGCAUUGGAGUUGAAUGUAGUUAAAGAAGAGAACAAACGACUGCAGCAGAUCUAUGACCGGCAGGAGAAUUCAGCUGUAGAUGCAAUGAAGAUGAAUCGUGAGAAAAAUGAAUUGCAUCAGACAUUAAUGUCACUGAGUGAAAGUCUCGAAGAUGCAGACAAAAGGAUGUGGAAGGAAGAGAUAAAUGUGUCGAAGGCUAAAGAAAUGCUGGAAAUCAAACUACAGGAAUAUCAUACAAUGGCUCGGAAGCUCAAACUAAUCCCCAAAACAGCUGAAAAUGCUCGAGGACGAGAUUUUGAGAUAAGUCUCAUGGAUAUUGCCUCUGGGAAAGGGGAUUUCUUACAAAAGACCCUAACAAUAAGACAUGACCUAGUGGCACUAUUAAAGGAGCAAAAUAAAGAAAUUCAGCAUUUGAGAAAUAAGCUGAUGAAUGUGCAAGAGGCCAAUGAACAAGUUCAGGCCAUGAUAGAUGACAAAGCAAAUGAUUUAAAAAUGUUAAGAGAACAAAUUCGUAAAGUGGAUGAAACCAUGGAACAAGAAAAGGAGGAAGAUGAUCGAAAAAUGGCAAAGCAAGUUGAAGAGCUUGAAUCUCUGGAAAACAAAAAACGGUUUUUGCAGAAGACCUCAAAGACCAUGAAGGAAGAAUUAGAUGAAGCAGUUGGACAACUGAAAGCAGCUAAAUACCGGGCUGAUGAAGUGGAGCUGAAGACCACAGAAGCAAAGAGAAAAGCGAAAAAUGACUUGCACUUUGCCUUGGAAACAAUGAUCCAGCAUGUUACCAUUAUAGAGAAUUACCUUGAAGAUUAUCAAAGAUGUGCUGCAAGAGACCAUGAAGAACUCUUGAAAGAAGACUUUUUAAAGGAUCUUCAGUGCAUAACUGAAUCAUGUAAAGAGAAGAGUAAUUCUCUGUGAGCUUUGCCAGUUAACAUUGUACAGUUUGUAUUAAGAAAUAAAUUCACAUUGUUGCAGUUGUAGGUUGUCUUCUGGCUGGUCAAAGAAUUGUUAGACGCAGUAGAAAGUACAUACUAAUCUAACUUCUAAAUAAGAAAUGUAUUCCCAAGCUUAUCAGCAAAAUUAUUCAAGUAAAUCCUUAGGAUAUCCUGCAAAAAGAGCUUUGUAGCCUAGACUGUUUAUUCUAUUCAAGUUCCUAUUGAUCCAUGAGGUGCAAGACAGGAAUAAGCACACAGAAUAUGUUAAAAAUUAUUGUUGUAAAAUUCAUAAUAAACUAGCAUCAGAUGAA